GGAUCGUCUGGAUCGACAGAGGGCACCGGGUCAUCUGGUGUUGGAUCGUCUGGCUCAACAGCGAGCAUCGGGUCACCAGGCAUGACAGCAGGCACUGGGUCAUCAGGUACCGGAUCGUCUGGAUCGACAGCGGGCACCGGGUCAUCUGGCGCUGGAUCGUCUGGCUUGACAGCGGGCAUCGGGUCACCAGGCAUGAUAGCGGGCACUGGGUCAUCAGGCGUUGGAUCGUCUGGCUCGACAGCGGGCAUCGGGUCACCAGGCAUGACAGCGGGCACUGGGUCAUCAGGCGUUGGAUCGUCUGGCUCGACAGCGGGCAUCGGGUCACCAGGCAUGACAGCGGGCACUAAGUCAUCAGGCAUUGGAUCGUCUGGCUCGACAGCGGGCAUCGGGUCACCAGGCAUUGGAUCGUCUGGCUCGACAGCGGGCACUGGGUCAUCAGGCAUCAGGCUGGGUACAGGCAUCAGGCUGAAGUGCGGGUGCUGAGGCACCAGGCUGAACCACAGAAGGCAGGUUCUCCGGUUUGGAUACUGGCAGGA